AUGGGGACCUUGUGUGGUAAGUGGGUGGUCGAUGGGUCUAAGCUUUGGAAUGAAACCAAGGACCAUGCUGAAUGGAGUGACGCCCUCAUUGCUGAGGCUUUUCGACGACCCGACGUGAGCCACCGACCUGCCCCUCUGCGCUAUGUUGACCCCCCCCACAUUAAGGAGCUCAUUGCCCGUAGGAAGAGUAGUCAGGACCCCUGGACCCGAGCGGCACUCAUGCAGGAGAUCCACCAACUCCGAAUUGAGGCUAAAGCACAACAUAAGGAGGAGCUCCUCAGGUCAGCUCGCUCGGGGGAUUGCCGAGCGAUAGCGCACAUGCGCUCCAGUGCGGCCGGGGGCCAGAGUGAGGGCUCUUAUGUCCAACGGGCUGGGGGCAAGGAUCAGGCGGCCACUCAGCUCUUCUCCUUCUACCAGUCUAAGUACUCAGCCCCUCCGGAACUAUGCCCCCCCCCCUGUCAGGUUCAAACCCUUGCGGAUCGGAGCAGAGAUCUGACCGUAGCAAGUGUUACCCUGGAAGAAAUUCAGCAAGCCCUCCAAGGGGCUAGGCAUGGAGUGAGCGCCGGCCUCGAUGGGGUCACCUAUGAAGGCAUCCAGCAUCUACUCCAGCAGGACAAGCAGGGGCGGAUUCCGCGUUACUUCACUCAGCUAAUUCAAGGGGAUCAACCACUUCCUGAAUCAUGGAAGAAAGGAGUACAAGCCGCAGAUGGGGUUAUGGCAGCUCAGAGCACGAUGCAGCUGCUAAGACAGGUGAAGGGAUCGGCAUACGUUGCCAAAAUAGACAUCAGAGCGGCGUUUGACAGCCUUAGCCAGGCAGCCGUCUUGGUGUGGCUGCUCAGGUGCCAGCCUGCUAAGGAAUGCGACGUCCUCUACAAGCUCCUCAGCGGUACAAGGGUUGAGCUGUCUCUGGCGGGGCAGACCCGCAGCAUCGACCUUUGUCGGGGGCUUAUGCAGGGCACUGCAUACUCAGCCGAUGUCUUCUCUCGAGUCAUGGACUACUUCCUUUCUCCUUUGUCUGACCGUUUUGAUGAACUGUUUCCGGAUUGGACAUGUCCCAAUCUAGGCCUUCCGCAUUUCAUUAUUUACGCCGACGACAUCAUGUUGUUCGCAGACACGCCGGUCGCUCUCCAGUUUAAGCUCCAAGAAGUAGUUGACGUCUUGUCCACCAUAGGAAUUUGGUUACGAGGCCGAGCGCUGCCUCUGCAAGUAGAGAGUGCCUUGGUCUUCCUCGGCAUUCCGCUGGCCCAUACCAAUAAUGUGCAAAGCAUCAUGUCGCACCUCAUGCGAAGGACCCAAUGGAGUAACCAUUGUACCCAAUGGGUGAAUCAUUGGAUCGACAAGGAUGCGGAAGGAUUAGCGACCUUCGAGUUGGCCUACAAGGUUCUUGGAAUUUGCGAGCAUUUUGGACAAGCAGGUGCCCAGCAACUUGCGGAUGCGCUUAAGGUGCUGGAAGUGGCAAGCUCGCUUGCUAAGGAAGUUGGUGGACCUGUUGCCCUGGGGGCAUUCGUGAGAGUGAAAGCGGGCGUUAGAGUGCUCUCCCGAACGUACCCUGAAACCACGAAGCUGCUCACGGCGUUUCUGGCCUCAGAGUUCCCUGGAGACUUCUUCCUUGCAAUACAAGUCCAGGUUGAUGUGGACAAGCCCCCCCACAAGGAUGUGCGCAAUACCUCGAUGCCCACUCUCCUUGUCAACCUUUCCAAGGGAGCAUCUGGAGGCACCUGGGUUGAGGCCCCCAACGGUGAUGAGGUGGUCCGCUGCCCAGGAUGGAACAAACUCAGUGCUGAGGACAUCGUCCCGGGGGACUACAGAAAAGCCUCCGAGAGUAUGGCUUUCACGCAGGCCACGGUGAUGGAGCAGGCCGAAGCAAUGUGGCAGGCGACUCCCUUGACGUGGACAUAUGUUGGGAUGUUCUUCGCUGCUCUCGCUGCGAUUCAGUGCCUGAAGAUGCUCUGGCGCCGACGUGGGCGGUUCUUCCGCUCCUCUGCCCAUGGCCCUCCGGCGCCCCUGGGAGUGAACACAGCGGACCAUGACGCGUCUACUCAAGCUGCAAUGAUGGCCGGAACUCAAGCAGCCACGAUUGCCGGCGGAACACUGGCCCCGGGGGCGGGCACAACACUUCCCCAGCAAGUGGUGGACUUCAUCAUUGAAGAGGUCUUGCGCAUCGUCGAGUCCAAGAUGGGAGAUAUUGCAAGGAUGGGAGACAUGGGCCUGCUGGACAAGUUUUCUGCAAUGCUGAGUGAAUUGAUGAAUUCAGCGAAUUCGACCUUGCACUUGAAGAUUGAUGCAUUGGACUCGGCUCUGCAGGACACCAACACCCGCCUUACUCGGCGUUUUCAAGUCGUGGAUGCGGCCUUGGAGAAGAUCACGGACAUCGUCUACCCCCUCAAGGACUUGCUUCCCCGUUUGGACAAGCUGAACGGCCUCUUCAAGGAAAUCCAGGAAAUCCAGGACAUGCUAAGCGCGAUGCAGAAGGUGGUAGACACGAUCGUGCCUAGUGUACAAGGGGCGAGCAAGGCGGAACAAGCCCGCUUUGCCACACUGGAUGGCGCACUGAAGAGCAAGAUGGAUGCGGUCCAGGCAGCUCUGGAAGCGGUCGUCAAGACGGCUGCCACACAAAGCACGACGACGCUUGACAAGCUGGAUGAGGCUAUCCCCCGCCUGCAGAGUGCCAUCGUCAAGAUUGACAACAUGCCAGACAAAUUGGAUCGUACAGAAUCUCUGUUCAGGGAGAGGGUGGAAAACCUCCAGCAACAAGUUGGGAGCCUUAUGGGUUCCACUCAGACAUACGCCAGAGAGGAAGCAGGGCAACUCCGCAACCUCAUCAAGGCCACAGAAGCACUACAGAACGCCAUGGUGGAGUUGAAGGCGGCCUUUGGGGCCCCUCCCGCAGACAGCCCUGGCAUCACCCCUAUGUUGGAGCUGGCCCGCAACACAGACAGCGGCGUGCAGGAACUUGGUACAGUGGUGCAAGAGCUGUCAGUGGUGCUGACGGAGAUCAAGGACAAACUGCCAGACCGACCGCCGUAUCGACCUCCUCCUACGCAACAGGGCCCACAAGAGGCUCCGGUCGUCCCGCAGGCGCAGCAAGCAGGAAUGCCCUCGGUGAUUGAUUUGUCUUCCCGCCUGCCUCCGGGGCCGUCGCGCUACCCUAUGCAUGCAAGCCCGGCACCGGGAGGAGUGGCAGUCACUUUCCCUUCGGGGCGUACGAUGUACGCCACCGAAGAUGAGAUCCUAGGGUAUCCGAUCCCUGGGAACACUAUGCCCCAAGGGCCUGUGCUGCAGCCGUACCGUCGGGGCUAG